AAUACAGUAAUAAAUUUCCAUUAAAUGGCUUCCUCUAAACCCACAAAUCUCUACUUCGUUUUCAUCCACGUAACUCUUUCUCUUUUCCUUUUCAUGCAUGGUGUGCAUUGUGACCUAACUUCAAUCCUAAACUCAUUCUUAUCCUCCAAAAAUCAAGAAGGUAUUACAUGUGAGUUUUUAGACAUUUUUGAGUGUGCUUUUGCAGUCUCAUCUUCCGGCAAUCGAUGUGUUCUCGAGAAAAAACUUCUCGAGUACACUAACAUCGACGAUAAACUCUAUUGCACCACGUCGAAUGUCAAGACCGACAAAGUGAAAGAUCAUAUCGAGACGGACAAGUGCAUGACCGCUUGCGGGCUAGACCGGAAUACGAUCGGAAUAUCUUCGGACUCAUUUUCAGAGCUCAAUGUUAUAAGGAAGUUAUGUUCGGUCCCAUGUUACCAUGGUUGCCCUAAUAUAAUUGAUCUUUAUUUCAAUUUGGCAAUCGGUGAAGGCUUAUUCCUUCCUUGGGUGUGCAAAAUGUCUCAAAUUAGUACUUUAGAGGCAGGAGAAUACGGUCCAGCGCCGUCGCCAAGUAUAGGCUAUGGGCAGUCAUCAAUAUUUUGAGUUUAUAUUGGUGAUUUUAGUGAUAUGCAAGGUGUAUGUGAUGCUAUCGAUUACAGUAUUGCAAAAUGCAUGCGUGUAUGUACUUUGAUUUUCUAUUUAUCUGAAUAAAUUUUAUCAUGAAAUUAUAUUAGUUAUUAUAGUUUUGUAAGAAAAAUUUAUAUAUUUUGGUUGA